ACAAAAACCCCGAAAACCAAAAUCCAAAACCAUCGUCGUCGUCGCGUCUCCCUCUCGAUCAGCAGCAAGUGAUCCCUCGAUCUCGAUCCACCGGGGAGCAAUGCGGCGAAUCCUUCUCCUCCUCGUCGUUGUGCUCGUCCUCAUCGCUUCUCCCGCUAGGGCACUCUAUUCAGCAUCCUCCCCCGUUCUCCAACUCAAUCCCUCCAAUUUCAAAUCCAAGGUGUUGAAUAAUGAAUUCGAAUGGAGUUUGUGCUUGUUGAGUUCUUUGCACCAUGGUGUGGGUACUGUCAGGUUCUGACGCCCACUUGGGAGAGGGCUGCCACCGUCUUGAAAGGGGUCGUCACCGUCGCCGCCCUUGAUGCCGAUGCUCACAAGUCUCUCGCUCAGGAGUAUGGAAUUAAAGGAUUUCCCACAAUAAAGGUGUUUUCACCUAGAAAGCCACCAGUAGAUUAUCAAGGAGCAAGGGAUGUCAAGGCUAUUGCUGAGUUUGCUUAUCGUCUUUAAGCAUUUGGUUGCUUUUAAAGUUGAUCAAGUAUAAUUGAGUUUCAAUUCUGGUUGUCUCUGGUUGCUAGUUUCUGUUAUGAAAUUAGUUUAUUCUUGGGUUUGUUAGACCAUCCUUCAACCCGAAUAACCAGCUGACUUUGAAUCAGUUCAAUGGACCAGAGUUAUGAAAUAUUGAUUUUGAGUA